AUGAUUAUUAACUGGAUUUUUGACUACCAUGCACCAGUACACGAAUUUGUAAAUUCAUGUCCGACCACUCCAUCAAUAACUUUUGAGGUUUUAUAUGAAUCAGCAUCAGUUGAACCUCCACCAUUAAAGAGAGCAAUAUCAGAUUUAUCAGGAGAAUCCAUAUUAAUAUUUGCAUGCACAUUCCGACGUGUCAAACGUGUCAGUCCUACGGCGGAUUCUCACCACAUCCACAUUAUUGGUAUUAAUUACGUGGGUCAACGAACCCUAGAAACAGGCUCCGACUAUCGAGAAAAGGCUUCUUAG